AUGGCCGCGGCCUCGCCUCCGCUCCUCCCCACCAGCGUCGUUCCGGCCGCCGCACCAUCCGCCACCCCCACUCCCGCACCCAUACCCACGUCCCUCUCCUCCGCGGACGCCACCGACGCCAACCCAGCGGCGAUCCGUGCCUUCCUCUCGCGCCUCGUCGACACCACCCGGCGCGCUCUCUCCGGCGCGCGCCCGUGGUCCGAGCUCUCGGACCGCUCUGCUCUCUCCCGCCCGGACUCCCUCGCCGAGGCCACCUCCCGCCUCCGCAAGAACCUGGCCUACUUCCGCGUCAACUACGCCGCGGUGACCGCGCUCUGCCUGGCCGCGUCGCUCCUGGCGCACCCGUUCUCGCUGGCGGCGCUCCUGGCGCUGCUGGCGGCCUGGUGCCUCCUCUACGUGCUCCGCCCCGCCGACGCGCCGCCCGUCGCGGCCUUCGGCCGCGCCUUCUCCGACCGCGAGGUGCUCGGCGGGCUCGUCGCCGCGUCCGCGUUCGUCGUCUUCCUCACGUCGGUCGGGUCGCUCAUCUUCUCCGCGCUCGCGCUGGGUGCGGCCGUCGUGUGCGCGCACGGCGCGUUCCGCGUGCCGGAGGACCUGUUCCUCGAUGAGGUUGGUGACCAGGGUGCUGGUGGCGCUGGUAACCCGCUGCUGUCGUUCAUCGCCUCCGCCACCGGAGGAGGCCGUGUCUGA